AUGGCAAAAAAAUCGAAAAGCAAGUCCGACAAAUCGGAAGAUACAAAAUCGAACGGCGCAGUAACUGUCGUCUCGACAACAUUAAAGACCGAUGCUCCUGUUGACCCAUUGCUGGCUUCUCUCUUCGAAAAAAGUGCUGGGCCAGUAAAGGCACCAACGAUACAAUACAAGGAAUUCGUACCGCAACCAAGGCCUCAACCCGAAGCCACUGAAUUAGAGGAUGGUGAAGAGGACAGUCAAAACGAAGAUGGCUCGGAUAUAGAUAUGGGGGAUGCGGACCAGAGCGAGGAGGACGGUCAAUCUAUAUCGGAGAAAGAACAAUCCACAGAAGUACAACCAAGUCGAAAACGCAAGAGAGGGGCUGCGGACAACUUGGAAGAUGUCUAUAUGGAGAAGCUUGCUCGUGAAGAAGAGAGAGAAAAAGCCAGACGCAAGACAAAGAAAUCCAAAGCAGAAGGAGAAGACGAAGACGAAGAUGCUGAAAGCAAUGCAUCUGCAGAGAGUGAAAAGGAAAACUCCGUCGAUAGCGAAGAUGAUGAUGCACCACCACCUGCACACGAAACCGUCUCUGGCACUGCAGAGGCUCAAGAACUCGAUAAAUCAAACCGCACGGUCUUUUUGGGCAACGUCUCAAACACUGCAAUCACAUCGAAAUCUGAUAAAAAGGCUCUUUUAGCCCACCUUUCAUCCUUCUUAUCGAAACUACCGAAGUCUAGCACCACUCAUAAGAUCGAGUCAAUUCGCUUCCGAUCAACUGCGUACGGCACAGAAAAGGGAGUCCCCCGACGAGCCGCGUUUGCGCAUAAGGAGACAAUGGAUUCUACAACACUCAGCACCAACGCCUACGUUGUCUACUCUACGCCUAUUGCCGCUCAAAAGGCUCCUGGAGCUUUGAACGGGACUGUCGUGCUUGGCCGUCAUUUGCGAGUUGACAAUAUCGCUCAUCCGGCGGCUAUUGAUAACAAGCGAUGUGUGUUUGUUGGCAAUCUCGAUUUCGUCGGACAGGAAAAGGACGAGAAUGAUGACGAAGAGACACCGAAAAAGAAGAAGAGUAGUCCUCCUGCUGAUAUUGAGGAAGGUUUAUGGCGGACGUUUAAUGAUAAUACCGGGGUUGCGGGUAAGAAGAACGCUGGUGGCGGAAACGUCGAGUCAGUGCGCGUUGUCCGUGAUCAGGCAACCCGAGUUGGCAAGGGUUUUGCGUAUGUUCAAUUCCACGACGAGAACUGCGUGGAAGCAGCGUUGCUUCUGAACGGCAAGAAGUUCCCUCCUUUGCUCCCUCGCAAACUCCGCGUCACUCGCGCACGAAAAAUGAGCAAGAAGCGCGACUCUGCCCCUCGCAGAGCUCCUGCGACGGACAGUGCCCACAGUACCCUCCGUGGCCGUGUCAAGAAACUGCUUGGACGAGCUGGGGCUGCCAAAAUGCGCAGCGAUGACGGCAAACCGUUUAUUUUCGAGGGCCAGCGCGCAGUUGAGAAAACUGAUCAGUUCAAAUUUAAGCGCAGGGGAAGCAAAGGAAGCAAGGGAAAGCCAAAGAACAGGAGCUCGAGGCGCGCGGAGGCAUACCGUGCUUCUGGUGGAAGAGCUGCCAGAAAAGCUGGACCGGAGUAA